GCCACCCGGUCGGGGUGGAUAGCUGUUCCCUUGGGCUUCGAGAGGGAUUUCAGCUCUCUUGAAGCGUACGGACUGCUGGAGGACAGCUGUGGAAAAGUGCGCAGGGAUGGCAACUAGCCGGAGACACUUGCGUGACCGAGGUAUAGGCGCGGGAAUUGCGCGUGUUUCCCUUGCCUCCCCCUCCGAGUUCCGGAAUGGUUCGCUCCAGGAGCGCGCGAGGCUUGAAAAACCAGACCUGGCGCGCCCAAAUCAGGCGGCUAGCUUCACGUCAGCACAGCUCCAUGGAUUCCCAGCGGGCGAAGGCCCGCGCCUUGGAAGCCGAGAUCACUGCCUUGAGGCUGGCAUGCAUAGAGACACAGGCGCCCGGGGACGACGACUCUCAAAUUCGGAAAUCAUUUCAAGAAACACACCAAUCAGAUUCUGAAGAAUGGGGAUUGUCAAAAGAUCUGAGAAGUCAUCUUGGAAGUUUAGUCGAACUUCAAUUUCUAAGUAAACUUAGUGGUAUCAGUAUAAGAAAUUACUGCAAGAACACAGAAGACCUAACUAGCACUGAGAUGGCGGAAAAGAGUAUUAAAAAAGUUUUGCAGAAACACAGAUUAUCAGGAAAUUGCCACAUGAUUACGUUUCAGCUUGAAUUUCAGAUUCUGGAAAUCCAGGAUAAGGAGAGUUUAUCUUCUGUUAUUACUGACCUCAGCAUAAUAAUGGAGCCCACUGAAUAUUCAGAAUUAAGUGAAUUUGUGUCGAGAGCAGAAGAAAAAAGAGAUCUGCUUAUGUUUUUCCAAAGCCUACGCUUCUUUGUGGAGUGGUGUGACUAUCGUAAGCGCACAUUUAAACAUUUCAAGGAAAAGUACCCAGAAGCUGUGCAGCUCUCAGAGGGGGCCUCCUCCAGCUGCAUGGGCAUUAGGAACCCCAGUCAACCCGGGUUUGAACUAGUCAUUGUUUGGAGGAUACAAAUAGAUGAAGAAGGGAAGGUUUUGCCAAAGCUGGAUCUUCUCACCGAAGUGCCGUUGCGAGCCCUGGAACUGGACAAGAACAGAGUCAUAGAAACUGCUCCUCUCAGCUUCCGAACCCUACUGGGCGUGCUGGGCAUUGAAGCCACUCUAGAAAGCCUGAUUAAAUCACUUUGUACAGAGGAAAGCAGCUAAUUCCCAAACAGUGAACAAUUACACAU